AUGCCCGGCCGGGCUCUCCUGGGCCUCGGCCUCGUGGUACUUCUGGGCCCGAGGACAGGGGCCCCACUGUGCCUCUCCCGGCAGCUCAAGAUGCACGGGGACUACAUCCUAGGCGGGCUCUUCCCACUGGGCUUGCCUGAAGAGGCCAGCCUGGGCAGCCGAACCCGGCCCUACAGCACCACAUGUUCCAGGUUCUCGCCCCUCGGCCUGGCCCUGGCCCUGGCCCUGCAGAUGGCCGUGGAGGAGGUCAACAACAGGUCAGACCUGCUUCCCGGGCCGCGCCUGGGCUAUGACCUGUUUGACACAUGCUCGGACCCCAUGGCCACCAUGAAGCCCAGCCUCAUGUUCCUGGCUGAGGCUGGCAGCCAGGACAUCGCUGCCUACUGCGACUACUCCCAGUACCAGCCCCGCGUGCUGGCCGUCAUCGGGCCCCACUCGUCCGAGCUGGCUCUCAUCACCGGCAAGUUCUUCAGCUUCUUCCUCAUGCCCCAGGUCAGCUUUGGUGCCAGCAUGGAGCAGCUGAGCAACCGUGACACUUUCCAGUCCUUCUUCCGCACGGUGCCCAGCGACCGUGUGCAGCUGGCGGCCACCGUGGAGCUGCUGCUGGAGCUGGGCUGGAACUGGGUGGCUGCCGUGGGCAGCGACGAUGAAUAUGGCCGGCAGGGCCUGAACAUCUUCUCGAACUUGGCCAGCAGCAAGAACGUGUGCAUCGCGCAUGAGGGCCUGGCGCCGCUGUCCUCUGCUGACAGCCUGCGGCAGGAGCAGCUCAAGGACCUGCUGCGCCAGGUGAACCGCAGCAGCGUGCAGGUGGUGGUGGUCUUUGCCUCGGCGCAGGCUGCCCAGGCCCUCUUCCGCCACUGCAUCUACUCCAAACUCCUGCCAAAGGUGUGGGUGGCCAGUGAGGCCUGGCUGACCUCAGACCUGGUCAUGACACUGCCAGGCAUGGCUCAGAUGGGCACGGUGCUGGGCUUCCUGCAGCGGGGGGCCCCACUGCACCAGUUCCCUGGGUAUGUGCAGACCCGCCUGGCCCUGGCUGCCAACCCCACCUUCUGCACCUCGCUGGACACGGAGCAGCCAGGUCUGGAGGAGCACGCGGUGGGGCCGCGCUGCCCGCACUGUGACCGCCUCUCCCCGCAGAAUCUGUCCGCCUGGCUACUGCAGAACUUGGCAGCUGGGCAGCUGCACCACCAGAUCUUCGCCACCUACGCCGCAGUGCACAGCGUAGCCCAGGCCCUGCACCACACGCUGCGCUGCAAUGCGUCUGGGUGCCCGGCGCGGGAGCGCGUGCGGCCCUGGCAGCUCCUGCAGCACAUGUCCAACUUGAGCUUCCGAGCAGCCGAGCUGGGCCUGCACUUCGACGCUUCGGGCAGCGUGAGCAUGCAGUACGACCUGAAGCUGUGGCUGUGGCGGGGCCCCAGGCCCGAGUUCCACACUGUGGGCACUUUCGAUGGGCGGCUCUCCCUAAACCGCGCCCAGAUGAGCUGGCACACGCCUGACAACCGGGUACCCGAGUCCCAGUGCUCCCGGCAGUGCCGAGAGGGUCAGGUGCGCCGGGUCAAGGGCUUCCACUCCUGCUGCUAUGACUGUGCUGACUGCAAGGCUGGCACCUACCGGCACAACCCAGACGAUCCCACGUGCACCCCGUGCGCCCAUGACCACUGGUCCCCAGACCGCAGCACGCGCUGCUACCCACGCAGGCCCAGGUUUCUGGCGUGGGGAGAGCCCGCACUGCUGCUACUGCUGCUGCUGAUGGGCCUGGCGCUGGGCCUGGCGCUGGGCGCCCUCAGGCUCUUCCUCUACCACCGGCGCAGCCCUCUGGUCCAAGCGUCUGGAGGGCAGCUGGCCUGCUUCGGCCUGGCCUGCCUGGCCCUGCUCUGCCUCACAGUCCUGCUGUUCCCUGGCUGGCCCCAGCCCGCCAGCUGCCUGGCCCAACAGCCUCUUGCGCACCUGCUGCUCGCCGGCUGUCUCAGCUCCCUCUUGCUGCAGGCAGCCGACACCUUCGUGGAGUCAGAGCUGCCACCUGCCUGGGCCACCCAGCUGCGGGCCUUCCUGCGGGGGCCCCGGGCCUGGCUGGCCGUGCUGCUGGCCGUCCUGGUGGAGGCGGCCAUGUGCACUUGGUACCUGGUGGCCUUCCCCCCCGAGGUGGUGAUGGACUGGCAGGUGCUGCCCACGGAGGUUCUGGUGCACUGCCGCCUGCGUUCCUGGGCCGGCCUCGCGCUGCUGCACGCUCCCAACGCCGCCCUGGCCUUCCUCUGCUUCCUGGGCACCUUCCUGGUGCAGAGCCAGCCCGGCCGCUACAACCGCGCCCGCGGCCUCACCUUCGCCAUGCUGGCCUACUUUAUCACCUGGGUCUCCUAUGUGCCCCUCCUGGCCAACGUGCAGGUGGCCUACCAGCCCGCUGUACAGAUGGGUGCCAUCCUGGUGUGUGCCCUGGGCAUCCUGGCUGCCUUCCACCUGCCCAAGUGCUACCUGCUCCUGUGGCAGCCGGACCUCAACACCCCAGAGUUCUUCCUGGGAGAGGCCACUGGGGCUGCGCAAGGCGGCCCAGGGACAAACGGGUGA